UUUUUUUUUUUCAUAGUGAAAUUUCUGCGCACCUGUUGGCGAUGUAGCUACAUGUUAGAUCACGAAUCUUGAGCUAUCGUUCUUCUUAACACUUUCAUCUUCUCCUUUCAUUUUUUUAAUCACUUUUCACGUUUUCAUCACUUUUUAACACUUUUGCGGAGCGUUAUCGUUGUACACAGGUGUAUUUUGGGGAACCGUUUGUUUGUCCUCGUUUAGUGAAAAUAUGAACCAUUCUGAUCUUCGGAGACUUUUUGCAGUAUAUGAUGGGAAUAAAUUAGGAAGAGUCAAAUACGAGGACUUCACCAGUGUUUGCCAAGAGCUUAAUGUGCCUGCGGACGAGAUCAGGACUUUAUUCAACAAGUUUGAUCUGGACGGGGACGGAUAUAUUAAUUUCAGCGACUUUUCAUCAAGUUUUCAGGAAGUUUCCGAAGCCCUCAAUUUGACUUCGUUGGGAAACAGUUUGCAAAUUCAUAGAAGCGGUUGGGAAGAGUUUGAAAACAAAUUAGAUGGAGAUGUGGCCUUUUAUUUGGGAAGGCAGCGGGAUGAAUUGAAGGAGUUGUAUGAACAGAUCCACUCCACAUCAGGUGAGCUUGUACUGCAGCAAUAUGAGGAUCUCAUCAAGGCUCUUGUGGCUGAGAGCAAAGAGCACAGGAUGGAGAGUGAACAACUUGAGACUAGUCUACGAAGGACAGAGGAACUGGCCAGCAGUCAGUUAGCAGAGAUGGAGGAGGACUUGCAGCAGCAACUGGCCCACACAGAAGAAAGGGUCCGGGAAGAGGAGCGAAAGAAAUUGGACGAAUCCAUUGCUAUGCUCCAAAUCAAGCAUGAGAAUGAACUGGCAGAUCUGCACACAACAAUAGAGAGGCUCACAAAGCAGUAUCAAGAGGAGUUGAAAUUAAACCGCCCCAGGGAAGAUGACCUCAAAUUGAGAGCACAGAUUAGAGAUCUGAUGCAGGAGAAUGAGGAGCUGAGAAGUUCUCUUAUGAAAGCCCAGAUAAACGUCUCCAUUCUCAAGCUUGAGUUGGACAGGUUGAAGAAUGCCUUCACUGAACAGAAACUCCAACACAAGAGCGAUGACCUUAAGAAGAUGGUGAUGGAGUACCAGUCUUAUUCCAACCAAAUAGAAUCCCUCCAGGAAAUUAAUAAAACGUUAUAUGUCAGCAAUGAUGGGUUAUGCUCUGCACUGAGCCAGGAUAAUGCCUCUAUGAAAAGACUGCUUUCACCAAAAAAUGAAGUUCCUUCCAGGAUGAUUAAACCACUUCGACAGAGUACAAUGAAUCAGAGCGGUUUUACUGAAGAGGACACUAUGGCCCUGGUGAAGUUCUGGGCUGAUAAGUAUUUGGAUAGUGGCGUGUCCAUUCAGACAGACACUGAGCCGAUGUCGGGCAGCAAUUAUGACAGUGACGACAGCCAUAAUUCAGUGGAAACCAUGCAUCAUACUAGUUACUCUAUUCCAUCUGAUUUGAAGGUGUCCGAGGAGAAGUCUGAAGCUUUGGGAACUGUAGCUCGUAGCACAGCUGGCUCAAUAUCCUCAUUUCGGCGGCGGUUGUCUGCUUUUCCUGUCAAGCAAAUUGAAGAAGACUUGCAUGACACUGAAGAUCUUGCUCCAGCGUACCGUCUGGUGUUGGCUGGGGAUGCGGGGUCAGGAAAAUCCAGCUUUUUGCUACGAUUGAGUCUCAAUGAAUUUAGAGGAGAUAUACAAAGCACUCUUGGUGUUGAUUUUCAAAUCAAGAAGAUGCUUGUAGAUGGAGAGAAAACAAACCUUCAGAUCUGGGACACUGCUGGACAGGAAAGGUUCCGCAGCAUUGCCAGGUCAUAUUUUCGCAAAGCACAUGGAGUGCUACUGUUGUACGAUGUCACAUCUGAGAGCAGUUUCCUGAAUGUUCGUGAAUGGGUGGAACAGAUUUGGGAGUCAACAAAUGAAGACAUCCCAAUGUGCAUAAUAGGGAACAAGGUAGAUUUGAGGGAAGAGAGGCCAGAGGGAAGUUGUGUGAGCGCGUUCCACGGGGAAAAGCUUGCUAUGGCUUAUAAUGCCCUGUUCUGUGAAGCAAGUGCUAAAGAGGGGACAAAUGUCAUUGAGGCCGUUUUACAUUUAGCAAGGAGUGUGAGAGAGUGGAGGAGGACAGAGUAAUGCUCAUACCCAGGAAACCGAACCCUGGAGUGCCAGAGUAAUUGUUUGGACUUAAUUUACAAGUGGGUUGAGAGAGUUAGUUCCGUGUGGACAGGACCACAGAUGUGACCAAACUGCCCAAGGCCACCACCAGACCCCCAAGCAGAAACUCCCAAGAAAUUCCCUGAAACCAGAUCAGACAAUGGCAGCACUUGGACGCCAGCUCUGGAACCUUCAAAAGGACUUUCCCACCAAUUUUAUUCUCUUCACUAGGUGAUAAUGAGUCACUUACAAACAGCUUCUUUUCGGGGGGAGGUGUCAGAAAUGGUGCUAUGUUUUUGCCGAACACUUGAGCUGGUUUAGCUGGCCAAUUCUGGGUCUCAUUUUCUCCCACCUGUCUCUUUACUAACUUGGACAGUUCGGCAUGAACAGCCUAUAAAAUAUAAUAUGAAUAAAACCUUUAGCAUUCAAACUCCUAAUACAAAGUGUAAAACAACUUUUUUUUUUUAUGUUUGAACUUUGUAGCCUACAGUUCUGGGGGGGGGUUCUGCACUUGCUAACACUGACCAACAGAUGGUGCCAUUUCACUGUUUGCAAGUUGAACCAUGGUUUCGCUGGCUGACUAUCCUGUGUGUGUGUGU